AUGGGUAAAACUUCAAAGGAUAAAAGAGAUUUAUAUUAUAGAAGAGCUAAAGAAGAAGGUUGGAGAGCUAGAUCUGCUUUUAAAUUAUUACAAUUAAAUGAUGAAUUUAAUUUAUUUGAUGGUAUAAAAAAUGUUGUUGAUUUAUGUGCUGCUCCUGGUUCUUGGUCUCAAGUUUUAUCACAAAAAUUACCAGAAGAUUCAAAAAUUAUAGCUGUUGAUUUACAACCAAUGACUCCAAUAGAUAAUGUAGUAACAUUACAAGCUGAUAUAACUCAUCCAAAGACUUUAACUACAAUUUUACACCAUUUUAAUGGUGAAUUGGCUGAUUUUAUUUGUUCCGAUGGGGCUCCUGAUAUAACUGGUUUACAUGAUUUAGAUGAAUAUAUACAAUCACAAUUAAUACUAUCGGCAUUACAAUUAAGUAUAUGUUUAUUAAAACCAGGUGGGAAAUUUAUUGCUAAAAUUUUUAGAGGUAAAGAUAUUGACUUAUUAUAUUCACAAUUAUCAAAUUUAUUUGAACAAGUUAUCUGUGCAAAACCAAAAUCUUCAAGAAGUACAUCAUUAGAAGCAUUUGUUGUAUGUCUAGGUUAUAAACCUUUACCUGGAUGGAAACCAAAAUUAGAUUUAAAUAAAAGUACUGAAGAUUUCUUUAGUGAAAUAAUAACUGAUAAAGAAUUUGAUAUACCGGAAGAAACUAGAAAAAUGGUAAAAUUCAUAUCAUGUGGUGAUAUUAAUGAUAUAGACUCAGAUGCAACUUACAACAACCUAGAUAAAUUAACGUUAGAUCCAAUACAAAAACCAACAGCACCACCAUAUAAAAAAGCAUUAGAAAUGAGACGAAAUGGAGAAUUUAAUAGACGUUUAUGA